GUAAAUUUAUUAAUUAUCUGUGUUAUUCUAAAUUGCGUGCCUUCCAUUGCGGUGUAUAAUCUAUGGUCUCUCUCUGCUCUGUGACAUUAUAGCGACUGCAUGUGUUCCCGGUAUUCUUACUUAGAAAUAAACUAAUUUUGAAGUAAUCAGUGCUUGUAACUCAUUAACCCCAUCAGGUUAUGGGCCCAGAUAGCUCAGAAACAAGGAAAGUGCGAAAUCUCGUUGUAAAAUCAGUGAUCAAAACAUUAUAUGUGAACUUAACCUCAAACCGGCAACGUGACUUUUGUUAAUACAAACUUUUGUGUUGAAAGUGAAUAAAUUCAAACAAAAUGGCAACAAAUAAUCAAUUGGCAUUAAUUGAAAAGCUAUCCGGUCGGGAAAACUAUGCAACUUGGCGGUUUGCAAUGCAAACAUAUCUACAACAUGAGGAGUUGUGGGACUGCAUAGAAUCUAACAUGGAAUCAGAUCCAAAACGAGAUACUAAGGCGAGAACUAAGAUAAUCCUCUCAGUUGAUCCCACAAAUUAUGUGCAUAUCCAAGAGGCUCGCACCGCCAAAGAAGUUUGGGAUAAAUUGUCCUCAACAUUUGAUGACUCUGGGCUGACACGCAGAGUUGGGCUACUGCGUGACUUAUGUAAUACGUCACUAACUGAAUGUCAAAAUGUAGAAGAGUACGUAAGCAGAAUAAUGAACACAGCUCAUAAACUCAGAAACAUUGGUUUCAAAGUGGACGACGAGUGGCUAGGUACUAUGUUGCUCUCAGGUCUGCCCGAAAGCUACAAACCAAUGAUAAUGGCCAUUGAAAGCUCAGGCAUAACUAUUACUUCAGAUUCUGUAAAGGCAAAAUUAUUACAGGAUGUCAGACCAUAUGAAUAUGAGUCAAAUGCAUUUGCAGUUAACAAAAAAUUUCAGAAAAAUUUCAAGAGGCAUUCUAAAGGACCUAGGUGCUACACCUGUAAUAAAUAUGGACACAAAAGCCCAGAAUGCAAAUUGAAAAAUAAAGAAGUAUCACAAAAUUCCAGUAGUUCAUCAUAUGCUGCUGUAUUUAUUGCGACAACUGCACAGAAUGAUGCCUGGUAUGUUGACUCGGGAGCCUCCAUGCACAUGACUAAGAACGCUGACUUUUUGUCACAUCAAUAAGACCAAGAAAUAAACAGUUGCACUCUAAAUUAAAAGAUUUUGGAACAUAUUUAUGCU